GCACGUGUCGAAAGAACACCGAGGUCAAAGUUUAAGGUGUUUAUGUCUGUCUUUCACGCCACCAGAACGUCCAAAUUGCAAAAUCUCGAAUGAAAAUCACAAGCCUAAAACCUGACCUUUCUCGAAUAAUCCUAGAAAGCGAAUGUCUUCAUACUAUAGGACCUCAGUGUAGUUUUUCUGUUCAGUUUGUGAAGACGGAAACAAACUACUCACGCAGCGUAAGCUUCCUGAUGUUAUUAUUUUAUCGUGAGAACUUAGCGGCGAAAGAACGAACCUUGCCGAGACCAACCGUCUUGACGGUGCUGUAUUCAUCCAGAAAACUCCACAUAUUUCCAAGGUAUUUGUGCUGUAGUAGAAGGUUUUAUGGAAAGAAAGGUAAAUGUGAGACGAAAAGGACCGGCGUCUCCUCGCAAUGAACGACUGGACGAGGAAGAAGUGUUUGAUUUCCCGGGCCUAGAAGAUGAAAGCAAUGGAAGUGGGCCAGUGUCGAGGGAUGCGCAUGUUGCCCUCAGAAAAGCUUUUGAAGAUCUAAAGAAACGUUAUUUGGAGGGACAGAUUCGAAUAUCUGAACUACAAGCUAAACAGAGAGAUAGAAAAGGAUCACAUGAAAGGGUUUAUCAAGAGAGAGAUGAACUGUUAGGCCACCUGCAGAAGAGCUAUCUUGCUUUUGAAGAAAAAUAUGGUGAAAAUGAACAACUCAAAAAGAUGAUUGAAGAUUUAAAGCAAUCUCUUAAAUUGUGUCAAGAAGCUUCAGCUCAGAGUGAAGGUGGCGCACAACAUGGGCCAAGCUCUGAGGAAAAGAGGAAGUUGGGAGAGAAAAAAUACAUUACAUUGGUUGAAGAGUUAAAAAAGAUUGGAUUGGAAGUGGUAGAAGAUAACGGUCAGUUGUUCAUAAUGUUAAUAGACAGGGAUAGUCUGAAAAAAUGGAUAGAAGAAAAUUCAGCUGGGAAUAUAACUUUAGUGAUUAAAGGGAGUGCCUCAGAGGAUAAAACGACAGAAACAGAUGUAAUAUUAACACAACAGGAAGGUUACGAGGACAAGGAAGGGAAAAGAAAAAGAGUUGAAGCGGAGGUGAUACUUUUGAGGCAGAAAAUCCAGGAUCAAGCACAAGAACUGAAUCGAUUUUACGAAGUAUUCAAGCAAGCAAUGACUCAGAAUAAAAUGUUAAGAGCAAGGGAGCAGAGUAGGGAAACUGAUGGCGGAAAUACAAAAGGAUUACCGACUUUAAAACAUGAAGCUCCCGUGAAAAGAGCUACUGCGCCGGAAAGCGCUGUUUUUCACAAGAAAGUGGACACCAUUUUGUCUACGGCUCAAGAACAAAAAGCUGAGGUGAGACAAGUGAAAGAGCACUUGGACAAGCAGAACAGCAGUUUGCGUACUUUGAUGGAAAUCACAGAGAAAACCAUUCAGGAUUUUGAGCAUUUGGUCAGCGCUCCGAAAGUCACUCAAAAUGUUCCUGUCUAUACCGAGGGAAGAGGCUCGAAGUGGCCGGAAGAAGGAGCGACUUCGUUACCCCAGGGAGAGGGGAGUUUCGAGCGGGUAAUGGGGGAUGACGCGCCCUUGAGUAUCCCCGUUCAGGAAUCGAAUUUGUACAGAGCAAAGAGAAGUGACGAAACCGGCGGAGCUGCAAUCGUUACUAAGAGGGUAACCGGAGAGAGAAAUACUGCUCCGCUCUCAGCAGCUUCAUCAAGAGCGCCCGAGGGAAGAGCGGUUUCCAUGACAACACUUCUAUCCGAGAACACGUGGACUGGGGAGAGCGACAUUGAAGUUAUCGAAGAGGAAGAAGAUUUUAUUGGCGCUACUUCUUCGCGAGGAAAACUUUGUCCCGUGUGUGAGCGGUUCUUUCCAGAUAGCUACGGCCAAAAGGAAUUCGAAGCACAUGUCAACCAACAUUUUGAAGAAGAUGCAUAGGAAAACUGUUGGUAAAACUCCGUAUUUUCUCGAAUAAUCACCCCCCUCUCAUUAUAGAAAAAUACCAUUUAUUAGAGCGCAUUUAACACACCUUUUUUCUGCUGAAACUCACGCAUAAAACACAAGCUGAUUGCACGUUUUUUUCCUGAACUUAGUGCUGACGUUUUUGCGUAGUCUGUGGUCAUAAAACGCUAGAAUUUAAUGUAUUUUGUAUGGCGAAUAUUUGAGUAUAACGAAACACGGAAGAACUGAAACUUUUCUCGUAGUUUCAUGGUAAAGUAGCUCUCAGCUUGUCAAUACACGUUGUUGUUAUCUUGCGAAAAAAGAACUGGGUUAGGAAGCAUUCAACUUGCGUUUACGAAAUGGCGUGAAAUGAUUGCUUGUAGACUGACGAAGAACCCUCAAAAUGACCUACCUCGGCUUCUACGACCAUUCCCAGACAAAGUGAGGACUUAAGUUUCGUUCGACAUUUUUGCUGAUCUUAAAUAUCGUCAACCUGAAGAAAGACGGUUUGAGAAUUCUGC